AUGACCAGUUUUCGCAAGCGCACCGUGCAGAAGCCCAUCCGGGGCACCCGCACCAGUCCGCACACGGCACAGGUGAUUACCUCCAGCGGGAACCCUUACUUAGAUGUGGUUAUUGGCGGCGGCUUGCCGAUGGGAUCUAUUUGCCUGAUCGAGGAGGAUCGAUUCAUGACCCAUGCUAAAGUGCUGGCCAAGUACUUUCUCGCCGAAGGCGUGCUGUCCAAGCAGGAGAUCUUUCUGGGCAGCUUAGACGACAUCCCUGCGGAGAUGCUGCGCCGUCUUCCAAAGCCUCUCACCGAUCUGGAGUCAGAGGUGGAGCAGCGUGAGGAGGAACAGGCAGCGGCAGGUGCCGGGGCCGAGAACGGAUUACGGAUUGCCUGGAGGUACAAUGACUUGCCACUAGUUAACUCGGAGCACGCCACUGCCAAGAUCGGGCACCACUUCAAUUUAAUGGAGCAAAUGGACUCGAUAAUGCUGUACUAUGCCAACACCACCAUGUGGGACGAUAGCCACAAGGAGGCCGACAUUGUUAUUGCCUUCGGCGAUGAAUUAUCCAAAAGCAGCUCCCCCACCUCCUGCUCCUUGGAGCAGCAGCCCGUGGAGAACGCUCCACCCAUUCCGGGAGCCGGAGAAGAGAUCAUCCAGGAAGUGAAGACCAAGGAAGACCAGUUCCUUCUUAAAACAAGCGAAGAACAAUUAACUUACAUACAUCAAAUGCUUCGGGACAUGGAGGACGAUCCACCCAUUCCGGGAGCAGGAGAAGAGAUCAUCCAGGAAGUGAAGACCAAGGAAGAGAUAAACGCCAACAACAAUAACAAUAGUAGCACAACCGUCGCCAGCAGCACAAAAACUGCCAGCCAGGAGUCCCAGGUCUUUCAUAACGCCCGCUACGGAGGACUAUUAAACGACAUACAGCAAUUGCUUCGGGACGAGAGUUUUGUGGCCGGGACCAAGAAGAACUUGUGUCGAGUGUGCCUGACGUCUUUAGGAUCGCCUCUAUGGUACGACGAGCACUUUGGGGAGGACUUGAUCAAGUUCCUCACCCUUCUGAUGGCGAGUGUUCGGAACUGCAACUCGGUGUGCCUCAUCACCAUGCCAAUGCAUCUGAUUGCCAAGUACGAUGCCAGCCUGGUGCCUAAGAUUCGUCAGUUGGUGGACUAUGCUAUCGAGCUGGAAUCUUUUGCUGGAUCCGAAAAGGAAACGCAUCCAGCUUUCAAGGAGUAUAGCGGACUACUCCACUUGCACAAGAUGUCAGCCUUAAAUACGCUGGCUGUCCACAUGCCGGAUACCACGGACUUGGCCUUCAAAUUGCGCCGCAAGAAGUUCGUUAUCGAGAAGUUCCACCUGCCACCGGAGCUGCAGGAGUCCCCCAAACCGGAUAGCUGCAGUACCAGUAUCUUGAGCAAUUCCAAUGCCACGGCCUCGCUGGAUUUCUAGCUAUCAGCGAAAUUAGAAAUUAAGUGCGCGUAUGUAACCACGAAAAAACAACUAAAUUGCAUAAUAAUAAGCCAAGUAAAUGCAUUAAUAUAUCAGCCCUGAUUUUGUACGAUUUUGAAAAA